GCGGGGAGAAGUGGCAUUUGAGUCCUCCCGUAUCCCAGCAGGCAGUGCAGUCUGGAGAAGCUGACAAAGGAGCGGGGGAGCAGUCGCAGCUGCUAUCCGAGAAACCAGUGUUGCCGAGGUCUCACCAUCUAGCCAAGGCUGGCCUAGAACUCACAGUCCUCCUGAUUUCACCUCUUGAGCACUAGUAUUAGAUUGCCAAAAUGCUUUGGACUUUUUAACUGAAUCUAACAAAGUCCAAAAUAAACUUGAGACUGUAAAAACAGAAGCUGCAGAAGGGAGAUUCAGUGCCAAUGCAUCAACAAAAAAGACAACCAGAGUUAGUGGAAGGAAAUCUUCCUGUUUUUGUGUUUCCCACAGAGCUAAUAUUUUAUGCAGAUGAUCAGUCAACACAUAAGCAAGUGUUGACUCUGUACAAUCCCUAUGAGUUUGCCUUAAAGUUCAAAGUUUUGUGUACUACUCCGAAUAAGUAUGUUGUUGUGGAUGCUGCAGGUGCAGUUAAACCUCAGUGCUGUGUGGAUAUGUAAGAAUUUUCACCUGCAAUUGUUUUCAGAAGCGAACUCAGGGAUUUUUUUUCUUGUUUCUUUACAGAAAGCAGAAGUGUGUCGUCAGGCCCUAGUUUACUGACUGUCUUCCUGGGAGUGGUGUGCAUUGCAGCUCUGAUGCUGCCUACGCUGGGGGAUAUGGAAUCGCUUGUGCCUCUCUACCUCCACUUAAGUGUGAAUCAAAAAUUAGUAGCUGCUUACAUCUUAGGUCUUAUCACAAUGGCUAUACUACGGACAUGAGAGAAGAUUUAAACUGACUUCCGGAGUAAAUUUAUAUUGAAAAUAUAUUGAAUGUGGACUGCCUUUUAUCCCUAUUUCACUCCAUUAACACUACAAACUGUUGAAUGAUUUCAAAUAAUUGAAAAUGUGUAAUAUAUAUAUAUAUAUAUAUAUAUAUAUAUAUAAUUACUCAGUAAUUUUAUUUGCAGGAUUCCAGCACUUUAUGUUACAGACAGUAAAGAUGAUUCUAAAUGAUAGAGAAAUUAUUUGAAGAGAGUCUUAAGUUCUGUAUCUAUUGUGCAAAGACUUUAAUGAAAACAUUUGUUAUUUUCUCAUCUUCUCUUCUAAAUUCACUUUAAUUGAUAAGGUCCAUAUGUCCUUCAACAUUAAAGGCCUAAAUGAACAAACUGACUAGCUUAAAAAUAAAAUUGUAUUUAUUUGCUAGCUAUGAUCAAUGCUACUAUGUAAAUUUAUACCUUGCCCUCUAUGGUUACAAACAGUUGUUAGAGUGUUUGUAAGAAUAAGAGUUUUACAGGCACUGUGUGGAGAAUUAAACACAAGUAUAAGGUAUUAAGGGAUCAUGAUUAUUGUAGGGUCUCGCAAAAAACAGGACAUGUUUAAUUCAUCUUGUGAACUACCAAAUAGGGUUGUAGUCCAGACACAAAGCAUAUAUAUAAAUAUAUAUUUAUAUAUAUAUAUAUAUCUUACAAAAGUAGGCUGAUGGCUCUGUUUGGUCUAAGAGUUCUAAAGGAAGGCAGGCAUUUGUUAAAUUGUUGGCUUCGCCUGGCUUUACCUCUGGUUAAUGCUUUACGUUAAUGGGGGGAAAUCACUAACUUUUCUUUCAAGCUCUUUGUCUGCCUGCCUCUUAAGUGACAUGCCCAGAUUUGGAGGAUCAGAUGCCAGGUGGUUUGUGUGGAGAUAAUUUUUCACCUUAAACUCUAAGCCAAGUUUGGAAACCCCUUGAUACCUGUGUCUAUUUUAUAUCAGUCACUGAUACAUUUUUUAAGGUUUUAUUUAUUAAAACAACUUUACCAAAAAAGUCCCUUAAGCACAACUAUUUACAUUUCUUUAUAGCUUCUUCCAAUCUCUAACAUACAAAUAUAUAAUAUAUAUAUAUAUAUAUAUACAUACAUAUAUAUAUAUAUGCGCAGUUUUAACUGUUUUGUCAUAGCAACUGCUCUUUUGACUUAGGAUUUUUAUCUGAAAGCACAAUGCAUUGAGUCUCUUGUAAAUCAACUUUCAGAUCUUUUUACAGAAUGAACUUAAACCCUGCUACUGUAGCAUUCUCAAGGAAUAAAUGUAAACACAAAUGGAUGCCUGAAGUUGUUUUCUGCAAGCAGCAAUUCUGCUUCUAGAAGCUUUUAUGUCUAGUCUUUCAUAGUCAUUGUUUAACCAUUUGGGGGAGCAUAAAUCAUUCAGUGGAUCAUGUCUGUAUAUUGUAUAAUAACUGAAAAGCACAUAAAUGUAAUCUACUUUAACUUUGUUAAAAACCUCUGGGAGGGUCUCCCUCUUGUUUCUCUACCCAUUUAUUAAAUCCUCUGUGUGUGAGUGUGCACGUGCAAGUGCAUGCACGUGUAUGUAUGUGAUAACACAUUGUAAAGAAAAUAAAUUACGU